AUGUCCGGCGCAAGGCAUUGGGAACAAGAUAAAGAGGCAACAGUCUACAUCGGGAACCUUGAUGAGCGGGCAUCAGACAGCCUAGUAUGGGAACUGAUGCUGCAGGCCGGGCGCAUUGUUAACGUCCAUCUUCCUAAAGAUCGAGUCACCCAAUUACAUCAAGGAUAUGGAUUUGUCGAAUUCAUCAGUGAGGAAGAUGCCGAAUAUGCAGCGAAGAUCAUGAAUGGGAUCCGCAUCUACGGAAAACCCAUUCGUGUGAACAAGGCUUCGGCCGAUAAACAAAAGACGGUUGAAAUUGGCGCAGAGCUUUUCGUCGGCAACCUUGAUCCUAUGGUUACCGAACAGGUGCUCUAUGAUACAUUCAGCCGCUUUGGCAAUCUAGUCAAUUUACCCAAAAUUGCUCGUGACGACAACAAUCUCUCCAAGGGAUAUGGAUUUGUUUCCUUCGCCGAUUUCGAAUCCUCAGACGCGGCCAUUGCCAACAUGAAUGGUCAGUACCUGAUGAACAAGCAGGUUUCGGUACAAUACGCAUACAAGAAGGAUGGCAAAGGCGAAAGACAUGGCGACGAAGCGGAGCGAAUGCUGGCAGCCCAGGCGCGCAAACAUAAUGUGCAGCCACCAACCCAGCAAUCUACGCAGUUCCCCGGCGCUGGCCCGGUAGCAGCAACACCGCCUGUCAUGUCGAACACGGACAGUUCUCGGGCCUUGGGGACAAUACCAUUGCAAACGCCCGAUCUAGCCAUUGGCCGGGGUAUGCCACCAGCUAUGACCUACCAGAAUGUUCCCCCUCCGAGUCGACCUGUUCCACCCCCAGUCUCUUCACCACUUAAUACCCCACCUCCUGGACUCCCUGCACGACCCCCGCCUUCCCAAGCUGGCUACGGAGGCCCACAGUCGUUUUUACCAACUGGAUUCAACGGCGCUGGGCAACCGCCCUUCGCCCCACAGGCUGCACCUCCACCUGGUUUUGGCCCGCCUGGAUAUGGACCCCCAGCCGGUAUUCCCCCUGCAUUGCCACCAGGCUUUCAACAGCCCGGAUAUGGAGGCACUCGGUGA